AAGGUAGCUACCUGCACCUAAGAACCCCACCAGUCUUUAAUCCACUAUCAGUAUGUCUAUUAAAAAACUUACCGGGGAUCUUUCGUCGCGUUCUUGACGUCUUCACGCGUUAAGCUAGAUUCGAGCGCGAAUUCCACCAUCAUGCCACCGAAUACACUCCAGCCAAGUUCUUCCCCUCUUUCUUCACCCGAUUCCUACGCGACAGCAACCGAGACUCCACGGAAGCAAUUGGGCGUUACGGCAACAGAAAUCGGCAGUCCUACCGCCAACGGUGGAGAUGCAACAGACAAAUCCUACAGCAAGGCUAACCAGCUACCGCCGGAACUCAAGCAGCACUGCCAAAUCUAUUUAGAGGAGAAUUUAUAUCUAAUCACUCUGAAUCUUCUCAAUAGUCUAUUGUCAUCCAGUCGCGGAGGUCCAAACGAUCCUUAUUACUGUCCCCCGCCGAGUCAACUAUCGCUACUCGCUACCGCCGUCGUGCACCCGAAAUUCACAACUAGACCGAGAGAAGAAGGCUGGUCCGAGGUAUCUGCCGAGUCGCUCGUCUACUUGCGAAAUAUUCUCUCCUGCUUAGGACCUAUCAAUGGUCGGUUUAAGGAAGCUUUCCGUUUCAUUAGCACCCCGCGAAGUGGAACACCGGAUUCAUAUUCUGACGAUCAAGGUUACGGCGGUGACGAUGAUUCUGCAGAGGGUACCUAUGCGCAUAUGCGACGUCGGCAUCACCAAGAUGGUCUGUGGCGGCGAGCACAGGACUUCUUCCAUGUGGUCGGCUGGGCAUUUAAUUGCAGUGUCCUCUAUCCGAACCGUUGGCGAUACUGGAGACAUUGGCUCGAAUUCAUGAUGGACCUGCUGGAGCAAGAUCUUAUAGAGCGCCAUAGACUGGAUGUCGAAAGUGGCGAGGCGGACUGUCCUCUGCUCCGGGAUUCAAUUCUGGCGGGUUACAUUGCUGAGCGUUCUGGACGGUCUGCGGGAGGGCUUAAAUCUAUUAUGGAUGCAAUAUUUGCUGAUGGCAGUGUCGCAGCGAGUUCUCGAUUUCAGGAAAUCUGGCAAAAGGAACACAAGGAAGCUCCCAAGGAUACCGCCAAAAAGAGGAAGCGCGAAACAGUGAACAUCGAAAAGGGUAACUUUGGAGGCUGGUUGGACGACGAAUCGGUCUACUCUUCUCAGACAUCUGAACCGCCGACCCCGCAAAAGCGAAGAACAAUCUCAGGCGGCUUAGGAGAUCCGGAUUUCCAAGCGUUGGAGCCUGCCUACGUAGAAUCAAUCCCUCUUCGACAACGUCUGUUCUCCUUGUUGUCACAUCUCUGCCACUACCUCCCAGGGCCUCCAAUCGACCUCUCUGAGCUUUAUCAGAGGUUUGAGACUACAGUCAAAUCCCUUCCUCUACCAAUCUUUACCGCGUUUGUAAAUAAUCGAACAUCGGUUCUCAAACUAGAGUCGCAAAUAUCAACGCUACAAGGUAUCAUAUUACUCUUAAUGCCUUCAUCAGCCAUUUCACCAGCCAAAGUUGACCGCACCUGGCAAGACGCUGAUGGCAUUACUACCGAAAUCAUGGAACGAUGUUUUCUUCCUUAUCCUGCGAACACCAUCGCAGUCGAAGACAACGCGAAAGUGUCCAUAUUGCUUGAAAACUUGCUUCAGAUCCUAUGGUGUGAAGGUGAUGGAAAACUGAGCGAAGGCCUUAGGACAGCUGUUGAGAAAGGAAUUGCCGCGAGGGAGGCAAAGAUUAAAAGGAAAAAAACAUCGGUGAGGGGUCGAAUGAAUAUGGAGGAUCCAGAUGUGGAGGCGCGCCUGGUUUUAGAAAUGUCAGGGGAGCGGUUACGGGCAUUACUUGAACUAAUCGAAAUGGAGGGCAACGAAGACGAUGUCAAAGUAGUUGAGGCGAUGGACGAAGAUGAAGACGAAGGUGAUAUUGACGCAACUUUCAUGACGGCCGCGGAUGUAAUGGAAAAAGAUGAAGAUGGGGACAAGGACGACGACGAGAAGCUAUGUUGUCUUUGCAGGAGCAAGGAGUCCGGCGAUAUGAUCGCCUGUGGCAACCAAGACUGCUCGUACGGAUGGUUUCACUGGAAAUGCGUGGGUAUCAAAUCAAAACCGAGAGGUAAAUGGGUUUGUCCCGAGUGCGCACGGCCCAAGCGCGGAAAAAGAAGGUAGUCUUUGGUUUCAGGGUUUCCGAUGAAACUGAAGAGGGUAGGUAUGAUUAAGGGUAGCCGUAUUUACACAGAGAUGGGUGGAAAGAAUUAGUGUUUUAUUUCAUUUUAAUCUUAGGCGGCUCUAAUGAUGGCAUCGGUGUC